UUUGCUAUUUUAAGAUAACUGUUUUAACAGCAGAAUAAAUUUUUAAUAAGAAAGGGAAAUAAUUUCUUUUUAGUGACUAUGAAUUAUUUCUGAGGAAAUUUUAACUAGAACUUUGUUCCUGUGGCAAGCAUUUAUUAAUACAGAUAACUUUUCGAGUGGUUAUCCCACAUUAUGAGACAGUUCUUCAAGCUCGCAUGAUGUAGAAAGAAAGAAAAAAUCAGGGGAGGUAACUUUGUAGAUAACACAAUGAAAGGGAGAUAAUCUAAACUUGAACGAUGUCAAAGAAGGAGCAUAAGCAGUCCAAGAUGAAAAGCCUUUUUAAAGGUUUCAGGAAAAGCACUACUGAUUUGUCUGAGUGGAGCAAGAAUGAUGAGAAGUUGAUGAAGGCAGUGGAGAACAAUGACAUUGCUAAAGCUGAUGAACUUCUUAAAAAGAAAAGUCUCAAUCCCACAAAGCUUGGACCUAAAGGCUUAUCAGUGUUCCAUGUUGCUUGCAGUCUUGGCUAUCUAGAUUUGAUUACGUUACUUAUUUCGCAUGGAGCUGAAGUAAAUGUUCUUUCAAUACAAGGUAAUACCUCUGUUCAGCUUGCAGCUAGAGACGGUCAUCCAAGAAUAUUGGAAAAACUUAUAGAGGCAGGAGGAGUGAUAGACCACAAAGAUGGACUUUCCCUGACAGCGCUUCAUCAUGCAUGUGUACGAGGAAAGAUCAGUUGUGUUCAGGUGUUGCUCAAACAUGGUGCUGACCCAAACAGUAGAGAUAAAACUGGGAAACCACCAUUGUUUUAUGCAGCAUUUUCGGAAGAUUUACCAAUAUGUAAAGAGCUGGUGGAUAAAGGGGCAAAUGUCAAUGCUCAUGAUGAACAACAGCUAACUGCCUUGAUGGCUGCAGCCAAGAAAGGCAGUAAGGAGAUUUGUGAGUUUCUUUUGAAGAAAGGGGCAAACCCAAAGUUCUGUGACAAGGCAGGUCAUGAUGCUCUGUCAUAUGGACUGGACUCAGGAUUUGAUAAUUUACGUGAUGUGUUCAGCCGGGCACCAACUCAGGCCCAAUGGUCAGUGAAUCAACAAGAUACGGGUACCAGCAAUCUUGCUGAGAAGACAAAAGCAGAUGUUGCAGAAGCAGCUGCAGCCCCUCCUGUCCCACAGGUUGUCAUGGAAACAGAGAUGGUAGAAGAGCCUCAUAAUAAGGAGAACAUGGUAGCUAAAUUUGUUAUGGAGUCCACUCCUGAGCGGGUCCACCGAGUGCCAGAACCUUCAAAGGAAAGUGACGAGGUAACCCAAAUUCUUGCUGUUAAGAAACGGAAGGAGGAGUUAGAUGAGGAGACAUUAGCACUGCGUGCGGCCUCACCACCGAAAUCUGUCAUUGAUCAGCGUACACUAGAAGCUUAUAAGGCUAAAAGACAAAUGGAACUCGAGGAAGAAAAUGAACAUAUCAACCAGGACUUGAAGAGAGUUACAUUAGAACAUAAACGUCUCCAGGAGUCAUAUGAUGCUCUCAAAAAGCAGCUGUCUACCCCAGCACCUCCUCCUGUUGAUCAGGAGGAAGUGCAAGAAUUAGAAGAUGAGUUGUCUACCCUGAAAUCGCAGCUAACUGAGGAACAAGACAAAAAUGUUAGACUCAUUGAUAAAAUGAAGAAAUUGAAGAAAAAGUUCAAAGUUCCUGAUGAACAAGGGGAGGAAUCGGGAGAAGACAGUUGGAACGAUAGUGAUGAGGAUGAAUUAUUUGAAGGACGUAAGCCAACAGUUGUAGUGGAUCACAAGCCUCAGACCUUACUACUUCUCCAGAACCAGGUGUCACAACUCCGACAGGAUAACAAACAGUUACGAGAACGUUUACAUAAAAAUGGAACAACUAUAACUAGUCUGUUUGGUUGGCGAGAGAAGACAGGCAGUAUUUCGUCUCUUGCAUCACUUGAUGAUACAUCUGAAAUAGAACGUCUUCGGCGUCGGCUUGAAGAAAUUGAGACAGACAGACAACGACUUCAGGUUCAGAUUCAAGAGAACGGUGUCUUCCCAGAGGAACAGAUGCAAAACCUCCGUGUAUUAGAGGAGGAAAAUACGCAAUUACAUUCACAAGUUAAACAGUUAAAAACUGAAAUUAUUCAAAUUAAAUCAAGUAAAGACACACAAAAUGCCGUGAACUUGACUAAUGGUGAAUUAAAUGAAACUGUGGAAGGUAAAUUAGAAUUAGAAAGUGCAAUUCAACCAAAAAGGAGUGAAAGUUCAGAACAGCUCCCAGCAAAUAUGGCUCUGCAAGAACUGGAUGAUAUUAGAAAAGAAAACACUGCUUUACAGUCAGAAAAUUCUUUGUUGACUGAGGAAUUAGAGGCAUUGAGAGACACAUAUAAUAAACUUGUAAUUGCUGGUGAUAAUUUACAAGAGAUGUAUGAUCAGUUAGUACUGGAGAAGGAACAAAUGCAUGAGGAAAUGGAAAACAUGGCAAAAGCGAAACAAGAACUGGCUAGAGAGAAUGAGUAUUUACUUGCUGAUGGUAACGCAAUGCAUGAUGAUAUUGAAAGACUAGUUCAUGAAGUUGAGAAGCUCCAUGAUCAGAAUCAGAGUACUGUAAAGGAGAAAGAGGAUAUUGAAAGAAAAUUGAGUGCUCUAAAUCAGAGUAAUAAAGCAAGUGAUUUUGCCAGGGUUGUAGAGGAGAGAGAUAAACUUCGAGAAAGAGUUGAAGAAUCAGAAAAGCUUUGUGAAGAAUUAAAACAAAAUCAUGACAUAGUGAUAGAAGAGGUUCAGAGUGUGCAAGCUGCUUGCCAGAGAGCGGAAUAUGAGCGAGAUCAGAUACAGCAAGAGUUUGAUUCGCUUCAGGAUGAGUUUGAAAAUGUUCAAGGUUCUCAUGAAGGUUUACAACAAGAUUAUAACCAGUUAGAACAGGAUUAUUCUGACUUGUUAGCUGAUAAAGAGAAACUUGAACAAGAAUUUCUUGAUGUUCAGACUGCCAGUGUUAAUGUUGAGAAUCAUAAUCCAGCAGUGGUUCAAGAGAAGGACAGACUUCAGCAGGAAAAUGAAGUGCUGGUGAUGGAGAAAGAGCAAUUAGAAAUGACAAUGAAAGAAUUAUCCAAAUCAAAUGCUCUCAUUCAAGAAGAACUUGCAAGUUUAAGAUCAGCAUUAGAAUUAGAUGAGAAAAAAGAACAAAAAGAUUCAAAUAAACAAGACAAUAUUGUGAAUACAGAACCACAAAUAGCAACAGGAAAUAACAAAGAGGUUAUGGACAAAGCAACGAUAGAUGCUGUGGUGGAAAAAGAUAGAAGGAUUCGCUCUUUGCAGAUACAGAUUUCCCGCCUGCAACAGCAACUUGCUGAAGCAGAUCGCCACUACCGAGAUGUGAUCAGCACGUACAGAACCCACCUACUCAGUGCAGUACAGGGUCACAUGGAUCCUGAUGUUAAACAGGCUCUUUAUAACAUCAUAGAACUUCGUAGUAUGGAACAAUUCUGCUAGCAGUGGUCAAAAUUUGGAGAACACAUUCCAUGACUUCAUAUCUGUACAUGAUAAAGAGUUUUCAUGUUAAUCAAGAGUACCAUAUGAAAAUUGUGUAUGUUAUGUACAUCGAAAAACGAAACAUUCCAGUGAUGUAUAUGUGUGUAUUUCAAGGAAGAAUUUAGGAGUCAUUCCAAUGUAUUUUCGGAUGAACAGUAAAUUAUUGCUGAGGUACAGUUAUUGAUAAAGAGAGAGGCUGACCCACAUUCCCGAACAGAAAGAAAAUGUAGUUUGUUAUUCAGGUUUUCAUGAAAUACUUCAGUACCAGCUUCGCAGUUUUACUUGUCUGCGGGCAGUUGUUAUAUUAUUUCAUUGUAAAUGUGCCAUUUAUAUUCAGAUAUAUUUUUACAAGGUUUUUUAUUACUGGUUAAUAUUUUAUUACUAGUUUAGUUUUUUUAAUAAUGAAAAAUAGUUCAGAUAGUUAUCUUUUAUGAAACCUACUACAUGUACAUUAGCAACUAGUAAGGUGUUGGUCUCAGAAUGCAGAGGUGGCAAGUUUGAAUGCACUGGUGCUUGUAAUUGCAAAAAACUGGGCUUGAGAGUAAGUUAGAUAAUUUUCAUGUUUUCUUCAUGAUAAAGGUAAAAAGUAAUAGGCCUAAAUAGAAGUAGGUUACACUACAGCACUUUAUCUGUUAGCAUGAUUGGCUAAAAUGAAUUCAAAUCAACAUCCUUGUUAUAUUUUGAUACAGCUGAGGUUCACCUAAAUCUUUUUACUGUAAGAUAUUCUUAAGCUCCCAAACAUGUAAAGCUGUUGAAGAAAAUAUGAUAAGUUAUCAAUAUAUUGACUUUGUAGCAAGCAUUUGUAUUUACUGCCAUAUUGCAGAAAACAUUUUUAUGUGACAGAUUAUAUUAUGAAAUCUUUUGAAAUAUAUACUAGUGAUAUGUGCUGAUUUACAGUUUGGAAGUAGUGUUGAUGGACUCACUGUACCUGGUGGUCAGUCAAUGUAUUUUGAUGAUGCAUUGUAUGUCUGUCUGUCUUAUAUUAACUGGCUUUACAGUUUAGUUGCAAGUACUACAUGUCAGUAGUGGAUGUUUUCUUAACGCUUUAUGUAACUUUAAGGGUAUAUGGUAAAAUUAAAGUAUUGUAUAAUUUUCAUUUUAAGUGACUAAUUUAACGAGACUGCAGAUAAUUGUUUUAUUCAUUUUCUAAUAUUUUUACAUUUUUUGAAGUUUACAGGAAAUAUAUUCGCUAUAAGUUGUUUAUUAAUGGAUUGUGAAGCAAAGAAACUGCUUGGUUCCUGUAUUUCAAAAUGUAACAGUAUUGCAGAGUUUUCUGGUUCAAAGUUUUAUAGUAGCUGCCAUUUUCAAAAUACUGCAUGGAAAAUGUUUAUAUUAUGCCAUAGUAUAUCAGUGGUAUCAUCUUGCCUACAUUCCAGUAAGUUUCCAUUCUUGCUGACUCUGACAAAUUGAAAUAGAAAAACAUUUGACAUAAAUGUUGCAUUAUGUUCUAGAGAUUAAAUUGCAAACCAUAGUCUUCCAUUAUUGCACCAUACUGUAAUUUAUAUAGACUUUUUUUAAUCUUGCAAAAUAAAUCUAAUAUAUGACAUAGACCACUUUUUGCAUAUAUUGAUGUAUGCAUUGUACUGUGGAAGAAAUUCUAAUCUGCUUCAGUCACAAGAAACAGUUAUACAUUCACAAAACCAGCUGCUUGUAAUAGUAAGACGGACAGGGCAUGAAAAAAUUUUCAGUACCGAAAAUUUGUGUCUCCCCAUUUGUGGGGGGGAUAUAAUGAUUUUGUCUUUCCUGUCUGUCUGUAACUUCUCUGAAACUGCUGGUAAAAGUUCAUCUAAGCUUUGUAGGAUGUAGUAACAAGUGGUCAAAAGAUUUUACAGAAUAAAACCUAACCAUAGCAAGAAAUAGUUGUAUGGUAUGUGCUCAAUAUUUUAUAACAUAUUGACCAGACAUUAAGUCAUUAAAUUUCAUAGAAUGAUUGCCUGUGGUCAGACAAUUACCUUUUGUUUGGGGGUUAAAGGUCAAUGUCACAGUGGUCGUAAGACAAAAAAUGGCCAUACAACUAUCAGUUCACUUUUCCAUGUAAAUGAACCAGUAUGGGAGGCAUUUGCUUUAACAAAAAGUGAUCUCUAGUUUAUAGUUCUGUGAAUGUAUUAAAGCUGAUAUUUAUUUUGUCUCUGGGUAAAAGGUUGUGUUACAGCAGUAUUAGUCGAAUUACUACCCUUAAACUGAAAACCACAGCAAUAGUAUCAUAUAAUAUAUGGAUAAGAAAACUACAUGCUCCUGGUAGCCUUCACAUGUUGAAAACUUCAAAAGCAUUAUAUUUGACAAGAAAUUUAAACUUUAUACUAAUUUAUUUAUACCUGUCAUUCAUCUACUUAUCAUAAUUCAUUCACAAAUUUGAAGAAAGUUCGUUUUUAGUAGUCAUAAGGGUACUUGUUUUACACAGCUGAACUUUUUCUUGCCAGUCCUCCACAAGUUACAUGCUGUAUUAGAUACCAGUAGAAUAUGCAUGUAGACAAUUUAGAUUUUGUAUGUCCUUUCAUUAUUUUAUAACUUUUAAUAUGUAUUUUUUACAUAUCAAUUAACAGUGUUGUGAUGUGUAACUUUUAGCUACCUUUGAUACUUUAUUAUGGCUUUUUUACAUAAAUUUAUGCAGUAUCAGCUUUUAGCAAAUUAUACAGCCUAUUUCAACAUGUUUUUAUGUAUCCUCAUUGUUGUCAUCAUCAUAUCAUCAUCAUCAUCAUCAUCAUCAUCAUUGUAAUCAAGAUCAUCACAUUUGUUAUCUCUUGUCAUACCAGCUAUUUUUUCACCUGAUGUUUUAAUCUUCCAUAUUUUGCACAUUAUAUUUUGUUCAUUUUGAAGAUCUAUGUUAAUUGAUAUUUUUAGUACUUUUCUGUUAUUUUGGUUCAAAUUUGCAAAUAUAUCUUUUAAUAAAUGAUUAAUUUUUGACUUUAUACAUGCUGUACUCAUACAUUCCAUUGAUAAAAUAUAGGUGAGUUGUGAAACAUACCCAAAGUUCUUUGAUUAUAUAAGUUUCGUUCUUCUUUGUUUUAUUCUUGCACUCCAUGCAUAUAAAGCUGAGUUUAUGCUGACAUAUGGAGGUUUUUUUACACAUCAAUUAAUGAAUGUCUCCUCAGAAACUAUUCUAUUUUGGAAACAGGAAAUGAGAUAUGUACUAAAUUUAUUUUAUGAAAUAAAAUAAAAUAAAACAAA